AUGGCGGCGCUUUUGUUUCUGCUGAUUCUCCACGCUCUUCCAUCUCUUGUUGUGCCCAUACAUAAUUCAUCAACUGGAGGAUGCGCCAUCAUCCGGCCUCCGAGGGAUGGAGGAAUCCGGUAUAGAGGCCUGACACAAGAGCAGAUCCGCAGUGUUCAGAUCCUGCCGGUGGAUUACGAGAUCGAGUACAUCUGCCGGGGCAACCGCGUCAUCGUCGGGCCCAAGGUCAGGAAGUGCUUGCCCGACGGCACGUGGACGGACAUGACGCAGCACAGCAGCUGUCUGUUGCUGUGUCCUCGCGUUUGGACGUCGCUGGAGAACGGGCAGGUGACGUCCAGACCCCCUGGCCCGCCGGCGGAAGGCACGGCGCUCCACUACCGAUGCCACGGCGGCUUCGUGCUGGAGGGCCGCAACGUCAGCCGCUGCACCAAGACGGGAAAGUGGGAUGCGCCCAAGCCCGUCUGCCUCUACGACAAGAACAACACAGGCAAGAAGAAACUGUACAUCGGCGCGCUGUUUCCCAUGAGCGGCGGCUGGCCCGGCGGCCAGGCGUGCAUGCCCUCCGCCCAGAUGGCGCUGGACCUGGUCAACAACCGCAGCGACAUCCUGCCCGACUACGAGCUGGAGCUCAUCCACUACGACAGCAUGUGCGACCCCGGCGAGUCCACUAAGCUGCUGUACGAUCUGCUGUACACGGAGCCCAUCAAGAUCGUUCUGAUGCCCGGCUGCAGCGGCGUCUCCACCAUCGUGGCCGAGGCAGCUCGCAUGUGGAACCUCAUUGUGCUGUCGUACGGCUCCAGCUCGCCGGCGCUGUCCAACCGCCAGCGCUUCCCCACCUUCUUCCGAACGCACCCGUCAGCGACACUGCACAACCCCACCCGGGUGCAGCUCUUCCAGAAGUGGAAAUGGACCCGCAUAGCCACCAUCCAGCAGACCACCGAAGUCUUCACCUCGACUCUGGACGACCUGGAGCAGCGCGUCAAGGAGGCCGGCAUCGAGAUCAGCGUUCGGCAGAGCUUCCUCACCGACCCGGCUGUGGCUGUCAAAAACCUCAAGCGUCAAGACGCCCGGAUCAUCGUGGGGCUGUUUUACGAGACCGAAGCCAGGAAAGUGUUUUGCGAGGUGUUCAAGGAGAAGCUUUAUGGAAAGAAGUACGUGUGGUUCCUGAUUGGCUGGUACGCCGACAACUGGUUUAAGAUCAAAGACCCGGCCAUCAACUGUACCGUGGACAACAUGACCGAAGCCGUGGAGGGGCACGUCACCACCGAGAUCGUCAUGCUCAAUCCCGAGACCGUCCGCGGCGUCUCCAACAUGACUUCACAGGAGUUUUUGGGCGCCUUGAUGUCCCGCCUGGGCGGCAUGAACCCAGAGGAGACGGGCGGCUUCCAGGAGGCCCCGCUGGCUUACGACGCGGUUUGGGCGUUGGCGUUAGCGCUCAACAAGACUGUAGCGCCGCUCAAGGCCAAAGGGCGGCGGCUGGAGGACUUCAACUACAACAACAAGGACAUCACGUCCGAGAUCUACCGCGCGCUCAACACCAGCUCAUUCGAGGGCGUUUCGGGCCAGGUGGUGUUUGAUGCCCAGGGUUCCAGGAUGGCCAUGACUCUCAUCGAACAGCUUCAAGGGGGCAGCUACAAGAAGAUCGGCUACUACGACAGCUCGCAGAAGAACUUGUCGUGGUUCGGCAACGACGUGUGGAUCGGGGCGGGGCCUCCAGCGGACCGUACGGUGGUGGAGGAGGAAUACCGCUUCCUGUCGCAGAAGCUGUUCGCCGCCGUGUCUGUCUUCGCCGGCCUGGGCAUCCUGCUGGGCAUCGUCUGUCUCACCUUUAACAUCUACAACGGCAACGUGCGGUACAUCCAGAACUCACAGCCAUACCUGAACAACAUGACGGCGGCGGGAUGCAUGAUGGCGCUGGCCGCCGUCUUCCCGCUCGGCAUCGACGGACAUCACGUGCACCGAUCGCAGUUCCCCGUCGUUUGCCAGUUUCGCCUGUGGCUGCUGGGUUUGGGCUUCAGUUUGGCGUACGGCAGCAUGUUCACCAAGAUUUGGUGGGUCCACACGCUCUUCACCAAGAAGGACGAAAAGAAGGAGAAGAAGAAGCAACAGCUGGAGCCGUGGAAGCUGUACGCCACGGUGGGGGUGCUGUUGGGCGUCGACUUCCUGUCUUUGGUCAUCUGGCAGAUCGUGGACCCGCUUCACAUCACUGUUGAGAAGUUCACCCGAGAAGCCCCCAAAGUGGAUUUGGAUGUCCUGAUCCAGCCUCUGCUGGAGCACUGCAGUUCCGAGAAGAUGAACACGUGGCUCGGUGUGGUUUACGGCUACAAGGGUCUCCUGUUACUGCUGGGCAUCUUCCUGGCCUACGAGACCAAGUCAGUGUCCACGGAGAAGAUCAACGACCACCGGGCGGUGGGCAUGGCCAUCUACAAUGUAGCGGUGCUUUGUCUGAUCACGGCGCCGGUCACCAUGAUCCUGUCGUCGCAGCAGGACGCCUCUUUCGCCUUCGCCGCCCUGGCCAUCGUCUUCUCCGCCUACAUCACACUGGUGGUGCUCUUUGUGCCAAAGAUGCGUCGCCUGAUCACGCGUGGCGAGUGGCAGUCCGAGCAGCAGGACACACUGAAGACGGGCUCGUCCACCAACAACAACGACGAGGAGAAGUCGCGGCAGCUGGAGAGAGAGAACCGCGAGCUGCAAAAGAUCAUCCAGGAGAAAGAGGAGCGCGUGUCUGCCCUGCGCAACCAGCUGGCCGAGCGGCAAGCCCUGCGUAGCCGCCGCCGCCCGUCGGCGGGCCAGAACCAGAACCACAACGCGGCCCAGCCGGACCCCAAGUCCCUGCUGCCCCCGCCCGGCUACCCCAGCGCCGACAACCACUCGCUGCCGCCGUCUUUCUCCAACUCAUCCAACUUGUACCCCGGCGAGAGCAAGAUGAGCCGCAACCACUGUCACAACAGCCAGAUUCCGCUACUCUACAAGUAG